ACGCGCGUCGUGUAAACUGCAGCUGAUGUAAGUGGUUUUUCUCAUAACAACAAUGACCCCUAGUGGUGGACAUUUGACAUGACUAUUGAGGUCAAGGAGUACAGUAAUCAACACCAGUAAUCAACAAGGUCACGUUACUCAUUUACACUAAAAAUGUAGUCUUAAUAAGAUUUCUGAUCCUUUAAAAAAAUACAAUACGUUUGUAUUGGAGCAUGAAAUUAUAUAAUAGUGUAGAUUGUGGCUAAAUGUUUUGCUCAUCAGUUGAAUGAAACGAACUGAAAUGACCUUAUUAGUGAGAAUGAAUGUGCAUUAAAUAAGGUAUUACACUUACACUAUUGUCUUUGUGAGCACAGUAUGCAGUGAUUCUGUUCAAAGAAUAAAGACUACAUUUCCCAGAAUGCUAUAAGAUAAUUCACAGGAAGUAACUUAAAAAAAAAAAAAAAUCUUUGUAGAAUUGCUCAAUGUCAUAUUGUCUAACCCCUUGAUAGCUGCAGAGAGAAAAGAAGAGAGACAUCACUUCAUGAUGAAGUUGCUUGGCGGUAUUACCUUGUUAUUAGCAACAGCUGUUGCCUAUUACAUCUAUAUCCCAUUGCCUAGGACAAUCUCAGAACCAUGGAAACUGAUGGUGUUGGAUGCCACAUUUCGGGGAGUUGUGAUGAUGGGAGAUGUUGCUCACUCACUGGGUUUGAGCCAUAGAGUCCACGUUAUCAACUCUGCCAUUGUCAAUUUUGAGAGUAUGAUGCCGAUCACAAACCAAGAGAUCCAGAUUGAAGAUAUCCUGUUUGAUGAAGUCCAUGUACGUGUGUACCAGCCUCCUGGAAAGGACGGAAAGCUGAGGAGAUCAGUUAUGUUCAUUCAUGGAGGUGGAUGGGCCUUGGGCGCUCCAACGUUGGGGUCAUAUGACUGUCUCUGCAGACAGAUGGCAGCUGAUCUGGACGCAGUAGUUGUGACGGUGGAUUAUCGCAUGGCUCCUAAUGUGCGCUUCCCAGUGCAGUAUGAUGAGUGUGUGAGGGCCGCUAAGCAUUUCCUGAGGCCAGAAGUGCUGGCGAAGUAUUCGGUGGAUCCAGAGCGAGUGGCAGUGUUUGGAGACAGCGCUGGAGGAAACCUGGCUGCCGCAGUGGCUCAGCGGAUUGGAAUAGACAACACUACUUCUGUAAAAUUCAAACUGCAGGUCUUGGUUUACCCAGUGCUUCAGGCGCUUGACUUCAACACAGCUUCCUAUCAGCAGAACCAGAAUGUUCCCAUCCUGUAUCGCUGGCUAAUGGCCCGUUUCUGGUUGGAGUACCUAGGUGCCGACUUUGACCUUGUGCAUUCCUUUAUGGUAAACAACCACACAGCCCAAGACCAAAACCUAAUGUCCUUGAUCCAUUCAAAGUUGGACUGGACCACUCUCCUCCCCAAACGAAUGAUAAAAAAUUAUAAGCCUGUGUUUCCAGUGACUGGCUCUCCAGGUAUCUUAAAGGAUAUACCAGCGUUACUGGAUGCCAGAGCUGCUCCGUUACUGGCGGAGGACGAGGUUUUGCGUAUGGUGCCGCGUGCUUAUAUUAUGACCGGUGAGCAUGAUGUUUUGAGGGAUGAUGGAAUGAUGUAUGCCCGCAGGCUGGAGCUGGUAGGGGUCUCUGUCACUAACGAACAUUACGAAGCUGGUUUUCAUGGCUGCGUGAGCUUUGCUUUCUGGCCCUGCUACUUCUCUGUUGGAAUAAGGGCAGUGCAAAAUUGUAUCGCUUGGCUUGACGAACAUUUGUAGUUAUAUUUAAAAUGUGUCUAUUAGGGAUUUCAUACAUUGUGAUGCAAUCUUGUGCAACACAACAGGGGAUUCAUAUUGCACAUCGAGCAAAGAAAUGAUGUUCUGCUAUUUUAAAGGAACAGUAUUAUGGAUUUCAAAUAAUGACUAACACAUUUAUAUGUAUUUUUUAAACUAAUUUACUAAGAACCAAAUGAGGAAUUAGAAGAAGCACAAAGGAACCGAUACUCUGUUCUAGCUCCAUUAA